CUCCAAUUCCAGCAAAUUUAAGCUUUCAAUAAUUAAUAAUGGAAUUCCAAUACCAAAAGCACAAAAAAUCAACACUAUAGAGAAAUUAAGAACAAAACGCAAAGAAAUCAAAUUAAGAAAGACCAAGCUGCGUGCGGCUUCUUCUGCAAAUAGUAAUUACAGUACUAGCGUAUAGUAUGGAAGGAACUUACGGUCUACACUCAACGGUGGCGGAUUACUCAGAUAAGGCGUUGAUGUCGCCGGAGAACCUCAUUUUUCCAACGGAAUACCAGAGCUUGCUGUCUUCAGAAACAUUUCGGCAGCGGAUUCCGAUUCAAGGAUCCCAAGAGCUACUUUCAGAAGCUGCUUCAAUCACAACAGAAAUUCAAAGAGAAGGAGAUAUGUCCAGUUUGCUCAAAGCUAAAAUUGCCUCGCAUCCUUCCUAUCCUCGUUUACUUGAGGCUUAUAUUGAUUGCCAGAAGGUUGGGGCGCCUCCGCAGAUUGCACGCUUCUUAGAUGAAAUCCGGCGAGAAAACGACCUUUUCAAGCACUACGCUGUCUCCACGUACUGGGGAGCUGAUCCCGAGCUAGACGAGUUCAUGGAAACCUACUGUGAUUUGUUGGUGAAGUAUAAAUCCGAUCUUGAAAGGCCUUUUGACGAAGCAACCACCUUCUUGAACAAGAUUGAAAUGCAGUUUCGUAAUAUCUGCACCGCUGCCUCCAUCAGAAGCGUCUCUGGUGACGGUGCGCCAUCAUCAGAUGAGGAGUUAAGUGGAGGGGAGAUGGAUAUGCAUGAAGCCCAACCAAGUGGUGAAGACCGAGAGCUUAAAGAUAAACUUCUCCGUAGGUUUGGAGGUCAUAUUGGUACUCUGAAGCGUGAGUUCUCAAAGAAAAAAAAGAAAGGAAAGCUACCGAAGGAAGCUAGGCAAACCCUACUUGGAUGGUGGAAUGUUCACUAUAAAUGGCCAUAUCCAACUGAAGCUGAUAAGAUAGCAUUGGCCGAAUCAACGGGACUAGAUCAGAAGCAAAUCAAUAAUUGGUUUAUAAAUCAACGUAAGCGCCACUGGAAACCAUCCGAGAACCUGCAAUUUGCUGUCAUGAAUAAUCUUUCUGGGCAGUUCCUUGCGGAAGACUGAGUUCCAUGUACAUUCUAGAAUAUAUUCUGUUAUUGCUUUUGGCUUCAUGUACAUUAUGCUGUGCAACAUUGCUGGCAUUGAAAAUCUUAUAUUUAAUUAGAAACAAAAAAAAUGGGAAGAUUGCUGUAUCUUGGAUCGUGUUUAUUUGCGAUUUGGCAACA